AUGUCGAUCAUUCCUCGCCCCGUUGGAAGCCAAGGGGAUUCGCUUUCCCUCCUCAGCCACAAACCCGCCACGUCUGUGGUCAUGCAAUGGGUUUACGUCCGGAGUCAGGCUAAGCUUAAAUUGCCGGGAUGGGCUGUAGCGGACCACGUUGGAUGGUGCGCUGGCAUCCAGCAUAACAAGGGAAAACCACCAACGCCAUCGACCACCGUGACGCUAAAAUCAGAAUUAGAGCAGCUCUUGGAAAACCGUUCAAGCAUCGGACGCCACGUCUUGGAUUCGAGCGCCUUUCCCGACAGCAUGCAUACUCACUGGCUGGGCAUCUUCUUGUACGCUGCUGGAUCCGGAUUCCUCGUCCGCACCACUCUGUGUAUGGGCUCUCUCCCAAGACGUGGAGGCACACAGAAUGAAAGAAGCUCGCACAGCGUCGAGACAACCCAAGCCAAAGGGCCACUCCAACUCACGCCUACCUACUAA